GCAAUCAUUGUUACAUGGAUGACGCAUACCCUAUACAAAAGCAGUGAAUAAAUGUUAUGUGUAAAUUCAGAUUCUCUAAUCUCUAUGCGUAAUUAGUUCAAUCUUGUGAUAGAGGGUUUUGUUUUCAUCUAGCGUAAUAAGAACUAAACAAAAUGAGUUUCCUUGGUAAGCUCUUCGGAGGCAAGAAAGAGGAGAAGGGACCAACAACACACGAAGCUAUACAGAAAUUACGUGAGACUGAAGAGCUGUUAAUCAAAAAACAGGAGUUUCUAGAGAAGAAAAUAGAAGGAGAAAUACAAACGGCUAGAAAAAAUGGCACUAAAAAUAAAAGGGCGGCGAUCGCUGCGCUGAAACGUAAGAAACGUUACGAGAAACAGCUGACACAGAUUGACGGGACGCUCACACAAAUCGAGGCGCAGAGAGAGGCGCUGGAGGGCGCCAACACUAAUGCCCAAGUAUUGAAUACUAUGCGGGAAGCGGCAAAUGCAAUGAAAUUGGCGCAUAAGGAUAUCGACGUGGACAAAGUGCACGAUAUAAUGGACGACAUCGCCGAACAGCACGACAUCUCGCGUGAGAUCACGGAGGCGAUCAGCAACAACGUGGCGUUCCCCAACGACAUCGAUGAGGACGAACUCGAGAGGGAGCUGGAGGAGUUGGAGCAGGAGGAACUAGACAAGGAAAUGAUUGGUAUCAACGUACCAUCGGACAACCUACCAGACGUUCCUACCGCAGAGCUGGCCACCGAUAAGCCCAAACCUAGCAAAUCUAAGGAGACUGAGGACGACAAAGAAUUCGCGCUUCUACAAUCCUGGGCUACAUAAGAAACUCAAUAUUAUUGUGCUUGUGAUAAAAUGCAAUUCAUAAUUAAACUGGCAUGCAUACUGCUUAAAUAAUUUCUCAGUAUAUAAUAUCUGUUAUAGGGAUUGUACAUUGUUCAUAUAAGAAUUUGUUUAGUAAUAAAAAAAUAUUUUUUUUAAUGUUUUCGUUUUUUAUAUCCGCUAUCGAUAUUAGACGUAAGGCUCAUCUUAUGAUUAAUAAAUAAUAUGAUAUUUUCGUUCAUAGUGUCGAAUUUAAUUGUGUAUAUGUUCAAUUGUUGUAUUUUAUUGUUUUAAUAUUUAUCACAAUAUAAUGUAUGAUUAAUUUUAUUUUUAAUUAUCACGUUUUCUUUUCCCAAGUUGGCUUCUAAUUAACGGACUAAUAAUUCAUAAUUUAACUUAUUCUUAAAUUGUUAUGAAUAUGAAAUAUAUUGAUUAAAGACUAGUAAAAUCUGCAUUGGUUAUGAAAUGGAGAUAUUCUAUUGGUCAAUUUAUUAGAGAGCAAUUUUGCUGUCACGCGAUUGGCUUGUUUCAAACUAACUGCCUUUGAAUAUUUACUUGUUAUAUUUUUUAAAUUAUAGUAGAAUUUUGUGAGCGAUUCUCACAAAUGUUUUUUAUCAAUAAAAAUGUGACGGAAUCACGCGAUUUUAAUUGUUGAGUUUAUUGAACUCCUUUUGAAAUUAUCCAGUCACUAAAAGAUUCCAGAUGAAGGUGUUUUUCGAAUUUGAAUACAUUAUAAUCCAAGUAUUGAAAAAGUUAAAGCCAUUUGAUGCAUUUUUCAUCACAGUAUCUUCUAAUCUACAUUUUUUAUAUGUGGAUAAUAAAGAAGGUAUUCGGAAUAAAUGGCGGUUAAUUAUAGCUAAUCCAAAACAUAAUCAACUGGUUUAUUUUUUAAAUUUCGAAUGUUGUUUUUUUUUUUUCAAAGGCUAAAACGUUCGUCUAUUUAUGCAUUAUGUUGGUUUAAGAUUAAGGCUAUAUGUUGAGUCGUUUGUAUAAUAUGCCUUAUAAAUUCAUAAUUAAAUAUACAAUAAUAUUUUA